UUAAACUAUAUAACAAGAACCACUGUCAUUCCAGCCAAUAUUUGCAACCACAAAACGUCUCUUCGUCAGACAAAAACUCAAACUACGAAAUCAGUAAUAAAUAUUCUAAGCAUCGUAACGGAAUCGAUAAAACUUUCGUUUAAUUCGACGCGUACAACACUACGCUGUAAAUACUGAAAGGAACCGAGUCACCAGACCCUUCGUUUAAUAAAUACUUAACGAAUUAUAGUGGGAAGAAAGCGGAAUCUGCGACGAGCACGGCAAGGUAGAAAUAAAGAAAAAAAUGAUUGAGCAAACGAAAUCCAAGAAAUCCGUACUUCAAACAAAGCAUAAUGGAACAACGAACUUGCGAUCCCUCAAGACAAACAACGACCGAGGACACAAAUCAUUCGAUGCGACAAUCCAAAAUCAUUCAGCCACGAAAUUUCCAUCGGAAAACACGAACAUCCCUGAUCAUUCGUUGUAUAAUUGCACGCCUUAUAAUUGCCUUUCGAAAAGCUUGGCGCUUCGAAAAAGCGCGAAUUUCAGCUCCAGAUCGGCUUGGGACAUCAACGGAAACCUCAGAAACAACGUGGAUCGUCCAUUGUUCCCCAAAAGCUUGAAGAAGAGUUGCUCUCAGCUGAACCAAUCAAACGCGAUCCUUCCGUCGAUCAGUUCGUACUUGAACAGAGCGAGAUGUUGCAGGAGUUCGAAAUCGAGCGAAGUUCAAGCAUGCAGAACCGAUGAAGCUCGCAGAAAGCUCGAUAGCGUUCAGUUCUUCGCCAUUAACCUCCCAGAAGCCUCCCAUGGCGUGUUCGAUCAACGAUACAUAACAAAUUGCCCGAUCAAGUGUCGAUUGCAUAGCGUUGGUAACUCGGGUUUGAAUGCAUUGCGUUCAAACAACUUGUAUUCUGUCGACCACAGUGGUUGGAACUCUGUGGAGGAAUUAGGUUUGAGGAUGAACGAAGUUUUCAACGUGACGAACGAAAAUUGCAACGGGAAUUGCGUCAGCUAUGAUCCCAGAACCAUUUACAGAAACCAGCAACAUAUUCCCACAGGAAACAACAUCGAUACGUCCAGACUAACUAAUCUUCAAACCCUGAGCGAUUCUAACCGGCAGUUUGUCAACUGCAUUUCAUGCGCGAAUUGUUAUCGAUGCUUGGGGGUUAAUGGAACGAAGCAGAACAGAACUCCUGUUCCAUUUUCUGAUCAGUGCAAUGGUUUGACGGUUGGCCCUGGAAUUCGUCAGCAAGCGAGUUAUGGACUCUUCCCUCAGCAGCUUCUUCAGAAUGGUCUCAAACCGGGCGUCAUGAGCCAACAGUUAGAUAAUUGUUACGCUGAGCCUUCGAGCAAUCAACAACCCUGCGUGGAAACAUGGCGGAUUCCUGGAUACCGCAAUGGGAGUCUAAGAAACUCCAAUUAUUUGAGCAAUCAGGCCACCGAUAGUUCUCAGAAGGUGCAAGGUGCCUCUUACGAGGAUCGAGUUGAUCAUUGGUCGCGUUUGAACCCUUCCCUUCCUUAUGAGAAUCUUUUGAGAGCAAUGACCUAUCCCAAUGGUGUCUUCGUGGAGAAUGGACAACAACUUGAACAGAAUGCUCAGGAUGGUGCCAAGAGUUUCAUGAGGCCAAUCUUGAAAGGCUCUAAUAAUGCUAAUAUCAAAGUGAAUUAUUGAUCUGUGCGGAAAGUUGCUUUUAUCCUCGUGUAUGAAUCGCUGGGUGGCAUUACAUAAGACUGAGUCGAAGGAAGAGAAUCGGUUGGUUGUUUCUCGCCUUGCGAUAAGUUUAGCUCAUGCGAAUAAUCAACGGAAAUAUCGCGACCUCACUGGCUGUGCUUAUCUUUGUAAACAAGUCGAUUGAGGAACGACAGAAAUUUUUUUGAUGGAAGUUUGCUUAAUAUUGAGUUAAUAUUGAGGAGGUGGUUACAAAAGAUUUUGCUAAUCAGAAUUUGAAAGCUUGAAACGAUUAGUGAUAGACUGCCUUUCAUAAUCAGUAUUCUGCAUCUUGUGACAGAUUAUUCUUUGAGUAUACAGGGUAAGGAACUUAAGGCUGACCGUUUGGAAGAACUUAUUUGCUUUUGAUGAGUGUAAAAUAUAUUUCGAAGUAAUUUUGGAUUAGUAGUUUUUUUUACAUGUGGAAGUGGAAGUAUAAAGGAUAUAUGAAGGUCGAUAGUAAAUGCGAUAAAAAGCUCUUUAUAAAAAGACUCCAUUUACUCCUUCGUGCUCGUGAUAUCAUUUUAUCAAUCUACUUUAUUAUUAUUGCAUCAACUGUGUUUUACUUUUAAAGAUUGUGGUUCAAGAUUAGUACAGUACUUGAGAUCAUGUUCAGUACGAUUUUUCAGCAUAAUAAUAAAACAAUUUUUUUCUACUAAAUUUAAUUAAAAUUUUUCUAUUUAAUUUAAAAAUUUCAUUGAAUUUAGAUGUGAUCACUGUUAGAAAAAAGGAAGUUGACUUUUGUUGUUUCCAUAAACCGAAAGCAAAUAAAUUUUUCACUUCGUUAGGCUUAGAUGUCACACUCGGCAUAUUUACCAUAAUUUCUAAACAUUUAGUUUAAGUAUAGAGAAUAAAUGGUAGUUACUAAUAAUCGCGUUACUAAAACGAGACACCUUUCACAAGUCUUGUGUAAACCAAAGUUCCUAAUAAUUAUUAGUAAUAAUUUUGUAGGAUAAAGUAAUAUUUUAUUUUACACCAAAGAUCAAUAGAGUGUAUUAAUUAGAUAAUUGUGUAAUCGUUUUCGGCUAUUGUUGCAAUCGUAUUAAUCCAUUUGUGGAUUGAACUUUAUAUAAUUUUAUUUUCUUACCGUAUUUGCAAGAUCGUUUUCAGUUUCCUUUUUUUGAAUCCUCUAGGUUUCGGCUCUUUAUGAUAAUAUUAUAAACCGGCAUGUAGACUUUUUAAUAUCUCGCUUAUUAUUGCAUGUUACUAUAUUAAUCGAAUAAUUUAUACCAUCGUGACGAAUAUUAGCCUAAAUAACAUAGAAUAUUAAAGCUUCGACGAAGUUAAAAUUUAUUACAAACACUGACAACAAGAAAGAGUGCUAUUUUACAUAAUAUAUUACAAUCAUCUUAAAUAUUGUUGAUAAAUUACUAUGAAUUGCUAGUGUGUUAACAAUACGAUAACUGUUAUAUAAUAAGAUGUUAUAUCGCAUUUUUCAUUGCGUGAUAUAUGUUCCUCGCAAGAAAGUAUUGACAAUAAAUUUAUAUUUAUAAUUACAGUGUAAAUUAUUAUCGAAAACGAACAAAAAAACUCAUACUUUUCCUACAAGCAAACCAUUUUCUUAGAGAAAUAGAAUUAUUCAAAAUAUAUAUAAUCUUAAAGCACUUUAAUGCCUUAGUCCUAAAAGUCUAGACAAGUAAGAAAUUUUAAUAAAUAUCAUAUAUGGAAAACUUUCUUUAUGAUCUACGUAACCACAGCCUUUAGGAACACCCUGUGUACACAUAGAUCUCAGAAGAAUCCUAAAUAAUAAUGUUUCGCGUCCACAACUGGUUGCUGACCUGUGUAUAGUACAGUAAUCAUUUUUAUAUUUUGAGUUUAAAGAUACAUAUCUUAAAAGGUAACCAAACAUUUUUUAUGUCAUUUCGUUAUUAAUAUUGUAGGAAAAUUCAGAUAAAUAUUAUUAAAAACAAAAUGAUUAUAUUUUUUUUACGUUUAGAGGCAUAUGUACUAUUUCCAUUUUUUAAUUCGCUAAGAAUAUAGUGAAAGUAUAACUGUAAUUUAAGUGAUUCGACACUUACCCUAUUUUGUUGAUACUUAUGUCAUUUACUUAGUAAAUUUCCUUAGUAAAUUAUGUAUCCUCGUAAUCUGUCGUUUACUACAUUUCGUAAGGAUUUAUUUCAUUACAGCUAAAGGUGCACGUGUUUGUAGUUGACCACAUUUCGGACAGCCGGACUUGCUUCG